AUGGUUCCGUCUUAUUCCUCCGUUGAAGAUAAGGCUAUUUUGAUCAACACCUCAUCGCUCACGUUUGUAUUGUCCAUGAAUGAUAUAGAUUUCAACUCAGAUAGUACUACAGUUUUUCCUGUUGAUAAACUUUCAACACAUUACAUUAUAUCAACCUCAACACCAACAGUUGAACAUUAUCUUAGUUUGGGGAGUCAUUUUACAAUUGCGUCCAAAACAGACAAUACACGCAUCAGUAUCACUUUAGUCAUAGAUCGUGACGCGAUGAUUUCAUUUCAUGGCAGUAAAUAUGGUAAUGGUGACGAAAUAACAAUUAUAUUGAAUAUGUAUCAAACAUUUCAAGUAGGACUUGAGGCGGAUUUGUCAGGGACAACUAUCAAUGCUUCUCACUCAGUUGCAAUCUUCGCGGGAAAUGCAUGCAAUAAACUCGGAGGGUAUGGAUCAUGUAGCAUGCUCAUGGAAAUGGUUCCACCAACUGACAAACUGGAUAAUAUAUUUAUUGUUCCAUCGAAUAUUUAUAGACACAAAUCUCAGGUGCGCAUAAUUUCACCCAUCGAAACAGUAGUUCAAUAUUCUAUUGAAGGAAGCAAAACACAAGCAAUUGUUUCAAAAAAUCAGAAAAUUGAUUUUAUUAUCCGGGAAAAUGAAACAGCUACUAUAGAGUCGAUUGAGCCUUUGCUAAUAAAUAGUUUUGCCUAUGCUUCGGCCCAGCAUGAUUUAUAUGGUGAUCCUUUUAUGAUAACAAUCCCUGGAAUACAUCAAUAUAUCAACGAGUACAAUCUUAUCGUACCAGGAAAUUUCAAGUUUAGUUUUGCCACUUUUAUCAUAAAAGCCAAUUCUCUGGAGUAUCUUACAAUAAAUGGAACGAACGCAAAUGAGAACAACACCUGUCAUUUUUCCAUGAUUUCAGUAGAUAAAUCUUUGUAUAGCGUUUGGACUUUAAGUAUUCCAAGCGGUGUGAUGAAAGUUAGAACAACAGAUGGAACACCCUUUGGCGUUAUCAUUUACGGACAGCGUGAUAAUGAUGGACAUGGUUACACAGGGAAUGCCAUUUCUUCAAGUAAUUAA